AUGACAACAAUCUCCGACAGCCGCCCUUCGUUGAGCAAGAAUGAUUCCGCUGUGCUUCAGGCCCUUUUCGACGCUGAGUCGUCUCCAUCCUCAGGCGUUACAGUCAGCCCAUCAAUGCCACCCUGGCCUGCGACAGUGAACAUCUCUUCCACCGACCUGGGACAUCUCAAGUCUCGCGAAGCACAAAUUAUCCUCACCCUUCAAGAUACGGAGAGGCCAGACGAGAAAGUCGUUCGAUCAGCUCUCUCCGAGCUCAACAGCCUCGUGGCUCAGUAUCCGACCUACCCUUCCGCGUACACAAAUCGCGCACAAACGCUACGUCUCCUUGCCGAUAUUCAAUACCCUCAAAACCAAACGGUGUCAGACGACCCUGCUUCCAAUGACUCCCUCUACGCACCAGAGGCCUCUGAGCUUUUGUCGAGCGUUUUUGCGGAUCUCGGCACAGCUAUAAUGCUAGCGACACCAGCGUCGCCAGCAGAUCUGGUUUCUCCUGUCCAGGCGCGCUUGUUGGCUGAUGCGCACACGCAUCGCGGCUACUUACUCUUGAAGAUGGCUAGGGUGAAGAAGAAUGCUUCGCAGUCACAGAAUCAAACUGUUGGCCCGGAAAAGUUGCGCGGAUACAGUGCGGAUCAGCUGGAGGAGAUGGCGAGUCGGGAUUUCUUCUUGGGCGGACGAUACGGGAACAAAGUGGCUCAGCAAAUGGCUGUACAGACGAAUCCAUACGCGAAAAUGUGCGGAGCUAUUGUCAAGCAGGCGAUGAAGAAGGAGAUGACGGGUGAUUCGUGA